AUGUUUUUGGCAAUAAUAAAACAAUAUUCCGUGGGAUGGUUAGUUAUAAACCUAAGCAAAAUAAGAUUUUCUUACGUCUUCUUUGGUGUGGACAAAAACAGUGAAUACCAUUUCUCUUAUAUUUUCACAAACCUUGUCCGACUACGCCUUUCCCACUACAAUGCACAAGGUCCAAUUGACAUUAGUAUCUUCUCGCAUCUAAAGUGGCUCGAAGUUCUUGACCUAUUCUAUUUGAACACGACCACUACGAUUGACUUGAAUGAUAUCUUGUCAUAUUUUAAGUGGCUCCGUUGGUUGGAUCUCUCAGGCAACCAUGUUUCAGCCACAAACAAGAGUCCAGUUUCAGAUCUCCCUUUGUUGUAUAAGUUGCACUUGUCAGGCUGCAGUAUCACCGAGUUUCCAGAGUUUGUAAAAUCGCAAAAUAUAGAGAGGUUAGACAUUUCCAACAAUAAAAUCAAAGGACAAGUGCCCGGAUGGUUAUGGACGCUAUCAAAUCUGUAUUACCUGGAUAUUUCGAACAACUCUUUCACCGGCUUCAAAAAUGCAAAGAAACAUGGGCUAUCUUUAAUGACCUUGUUAGCCUCGAACAAUAAUUUCACGGGAAAUAUUCCCGCUUUCAUAUGCAGAUGGCGUAAUCUUAGCACUCUUGAUUUAUCGAAAAACAACUUCAUUGGUUCAAUCCCUCGUUGUCUGGGAAUUAAUCUCAAGUAUACUCUUAGAGAUCUAAACCUUCGUCAAAAUCGUCUUCAAGGACGUCUUCCAGAGAAUAUAUUUGGAAGAUUAAGAACACUUGACGUCGGUCAUAACCAACUGACGGGAAAACUUCCAAGAUCUUUGAUCCGGUUCUCUAGUCUUGAAGUUUUGAACGUGGAAAGCAACAUGAUCAAUGAUACGUUUCCCUUCUGGCUGCGUUCUCUACCAGAGCUAAAAAUUCUUGUAUUACGCUCCAAUGCCUUCCAUGGACUGAUGCAUCAAACUUCGUUCCCUAAGUUGCAAAUCAUCGACAUAUCGCACAACCACUUCAAUGGAGCUUUGCCAUCAGACUACUUUGUGAAGUGGAUUGCUAUGUCAUCACUUGGGACGGUAUCUGAUCAGCCGGACGAAAUGUACAUGGGAUAUUACUAUUACCAAGAUUCAAUGGUGUUGAUGAAUAAAGGUUUAGAGGUGGAGCUUGUACGUAUCCUAAAAAUUUUCAGAGCACUUGACUUUUCAGGAAACAAAUUUGAAGGAGAGAUCCCAAGGUCCAUAGGUCAAUUGAAAGAGCUUCAUGUGCUCAACUUUUCGAACAAUGCUUUCACUGGCCACAUCCCUUCAUCUCUAGGAAACCUGACAGCUCUUGAGUCACUCGAUGUUUCCCAAAACCAGCUUUCAGGAGAAAUUCCUCAAGAGCUAGGGAGCCUCUCAUUCCUUUCAUACAUGAACUUCUCUCAUAACCAGCUUUCUGGUCUAGUACCUGGAGGCACCCAGUUUCGAAGGCAGAACUGCACUUCAUUUGAGGGUAACAUGGGACUUUCUGGCCCUUCUCUUGACGAAAUUUGCAGAGAUAUUCACGCGUCAACACCACAUGAAACGCCGGAAUCAGAGGAGGAAGAAGAAGAAGAGGAAGAGGUGUUGACUUGGAUAACAGCUGUAAAGGGAGUCAUACCUGGUAUUGCCUUUGGAUGGGUGAUUGGAUACAUACUUGUUUACUACAAACCAGAGUGGUUCAUGAACCAUUUUGUCCAAAGCAGCGAAGAUGCAGCAGCAACACAACUCAUUAAAGAGGUCUUUGAUAACUUACCUGAAGAAUCUGAAAGAAGAAAUCCAAAGCAACCACCAUGUCCAAAUCUGGAUUAGUGAAGAUUUGGGUUAUUGUUUCUGGUAUAGCUUGGUGUGUGUUGUCCUCUCUGUUUUUACGUUUUUAGCAAACUUCUUUGUUUCUCUGUAAUUUAACAUCAAUUGCUUAGACGUGACCAGAGCAACAAACAGACGAUCCAGAUUAACACUAUAAGCACCACAUGAGUUCAGAAAAGGAUAUACAUACUAUACGU